AUGAGUGGACGCGGUAAACUUAGUGCAAGUAUUAAUGGAAAAAGUAAGAAAAAAGUCAGUUCACAAACACGUAGUUCUCGUGCAGGUUUACAGUUUCCAGUUGGUCGUAUACAUCGACUUUUGAGAAAAGGUCAUUACUCAGAACGUGUUGGCGCUGGAGCUCCGAUAUACAUGGCUGCCGUUUUGGAAUAUCUAUCAGCCGAAAUUCUCGAAUUGGGUAUGUAUAAAUCAUGUGUCUUGCGUUCAUGAUGUAAAUUCGAGAAAUAACCAAACGAAAAAAAUUUUCUCGUUUGAACCAACCUCACAGUUUUCAGUCAAGACUCUUGACUUAAUCCUUUUCUUUUAAUUUUUUUUUCUUAAUCUUUUUUCUCUAAACUCUUGACUCAAGAGUUUAGAGAAAAAAGAAUAAAAGUUAUCACGCAUUUCAGAUGAAAAAACAUGUAAAGUAGCCGCACGUCCAAGUUCAUAUUCGACUUAUUUUGGUACUAGAGACUGUAUCUCUUCGAGCUAUUUAUAGAAGGUUGUCUUGUAAUGAACUUCUGUAUCUUGAAUUUCACUUUUAAAUUUUGAAGAAAUUUUUCGUUUGAAAUUGUUUUUUAUGCAGAAUAGAUUAAUUAAUGCGGCUGAAAAAAAAUUUUUAUUGUCAGUAUGUUGAAAAUGACCGAAUAAACAGGUCAAAAUAUCCAAAUAAAAGGUUUCAAAACAACCGCAUUAAUUAAUCUAUUCUGCAUUAAAUCCUUGCCCAUUACAAUUUUUAAUAUUGAUUAUUUUUUACUUUUUAUUUUAGCUGGAAACGC